AUGACAAGCCCAGGAUGCGACGAGUGGACAAUGGCGACGUGCAACCAAUGCAGGUCAUGCUGUGCCGACCGGCCGCAUCCGACUCACGUCGGCAAACCCGGCGAGCUGACGUCGCUGGCGGCCUUCCUGGCCAUCCUUGUGGUCAUGGGCAUCCUGUGGUCGGUGCUGGGACGGGACUUUUACCGUCCGGGAUCCAACGCCCGCGAAGCUGAAGACAUGGGCCUUCUUGCCGCGCUCGGUCUCUCGGGUGCUUCGGCCUCCUCGCCUAUGUCCUGGGCGCCCGACGCCAUUGCUCGCUCUCGCUCGGCAUCGUACGCAGAUCACAUCGCCGCGUGGGAUCCUUUUGCCUCGGUCGAUCGCCGGACGCUCGAUAGCUACGACGAUCGCUCCCUGCUCGUCGCCCGCUCGCCGGCCACCGCAGACGACGAGUACACCCCGCCGGACCUGGUUGCCGACGCAAGAAACAUCAGCUCGGAGUCGCGGUCGUCGGCAAGCUGGGACGGUUCAGAAGCACCUGCUGCCGAGCAAGCUGCAGGCGUCGGAUCAUGA